GUUGAAACUUGGCCAUACCUUAUCCACGUGUACGGCUUUUCAACACUCCUUCUACUUCUAUAUCGGAAUGUGAUUCCGAUUCCGAUUCUGAUCACCCACCACCAAACAAAACCAAACUCAUAAUCCGAAACCCAAAACUGUAAAGAGGGAAAAUGUCAGUGACAUCCUCAAUCCCAUGCAUCAAAAUCAAAACUCCCUCUCCCUCACCAUCUUCGUCUUCAUCUCUAUCUUCUUUUUCCAGCUCUUCUUCUUUCCCUUUUAGAUUCUAUUCAACAAAGCCUCGUGUAUUCACCAUUAGGAAUUCUCAAACCGAUGGACCUUUGAGAAGACCUGUGGCUCCUUCUGUCAGAGAACCCUCUCCCCCUCCUCCUCUCAAACCCACCCCUUCUUCUCCUGCUCCGUCGUCUACGGUAGCUCCGCCGCAGAAGCCGGCUUCGGUGCUUGUUCGGGAUGAUAGGAAUGUGAUAACUUUGGAGUUUCAGAGACAGAAGGCUAAGGAGCUUCAGGAUUACUUUAAGCAGAAGAAGCUUGAGGAUGCAGAUCAAGGUCCGUUCUUUGGGUUCAUUGGGAAGAAUGAGAUUGCCAACGGAAGAUGGGCAAUGUUUGGUUUUGCCAUUGGGAUGCUAACCGAGUAUGCAACGGGAUCGGACUUUGUUGACCAAGUAAAGAUCCUUCUCUCCAAUUUCGGGAUAGUAGAUCUGGAAUGACACUUUCUUGAUGUUCAAUGGCAUCAAUGCCAUCGAUAGUUUCUGAUUGUUGUUGUAAUAGCUGCAGUCACAUCCAUUGCUUGAUCUGCGACCCUGUUGAGUUAUUUGUUUAAUUUCAAUCUCUUCCCAUCAAGCUGUAUCUUCACUACACGUACUUACCAGAAUCUCAUCAAUACAAGUUAGUUACUUUUUUGCUUCACA